AAAAUCGAUCAUUAUUUCCUAAAUUGAAUAGGUAGAUUUUGAUUAUUUCACUAAUUAGGCACUAUUUACGCAAAAUUCAAUAGCACGUUACAACCUCGAGUUUGAUCUGGUGUACGCUAUCAUAACGGACACCUUCCUUGUCAUUUAUUAAAUUUGUAAAAGGUUGAAGAACGGUUUUCGGUACACAAUGUUACUUUGGAUUUUAUGGAUAAUUACGCUAUAUCCUGUAGAUCAGAAAAAAUUUACGAGACGUGUCCAUUGCUAAGCAAGAUCAUAAGACAAAUACCGGAUUAUGAAAUGACAUCUACUUGUUUGUUGAAAUCAUCAUCAAACAGUACUAAGACAACAGCCAGUUAUGAUGACAUUAAUGGAACUUUGGUUCAAAUGGCAGAAAAUGGUCAUAUAGCCCUUACUUGCACUGUAGGAGGCACGAGUCCCAGAAUUAAAUGGUACAAGGAUAAUAAUUUAUUAAACAACUCAUAUAGAAACAAUAUGGCUAAUAAGGAAGAACCUCACCUAACUAUUGACAUUUACAACACUUUGUAUAUAUUAAGAGCUACUAGAGGUGAAGAAGGAAACUAUUAUUGCACUAUGAAUAACAUAAAAAUACGCAAAUAUACUAUUAAAAUUGUUUCAAUGGCUAAAAUCCACAAUCAAGAUUUUAUUCGGUAUUCCAUAUAUCUAGGAUUUAUACUUUCACUUACAUUUACUUGCUAUUGUGCUGGCUUAUGUGUGGCUUGGCAUCGCAGAGGAUCCUUUGCGGAUCCUCAUAAUCUUCAAUAUAACAUUAAGCGAAAGAUAGCGCCUUAGAAUACUU